AUAACAUUCUGGCAAAAGUCCUGCCUGCCUGCCUGCCGAUCAACCUCUCCCAUUUAUUUUCACACCAUCUCAUUCCCAUUCAUUUAAACUUAUUGCUUUCAAUUUCCAGCAGUUACUUACCCAACCACAAUCUUUACCUCGAUCGGCACUACACACAUCUUGUGUUCUUUUGUGCAAGUAUGUCUGACGAGGAUAUUGGGUAGCGGUUACAACGUUGUUGUUGGAGCAGCAAAUUCCAAUGAAGUUUUGAAGCAUGAAUAGUUGAAGAUUGAUGAGCUUAUACUUCAAGUUCUUAAUGAACAAAGUAAGGGGAUUGUGCAGAUCUUGUAGGAUGCCAUGCUUUUAUUUUUCAAAGUAUUCAAAUAGAUGUAUUAAUGUACAAAAAAAAAAUUAUGUUGGUAUUAUUCUUUUUAAGAAUAAUGUAUCGAAAAAUAUAAUAAAUAAAAUUUAUAUUCUUAUUCCAUGGUCAGCUCAACUCCAACAACAGGUAGCCAUGAAAGCAUAUGCAGAGAGGACGGGGACAGUGGGGAAGUCGGCCUGCAGUUUGAUGGUUGUAAGGUGGUAAGUAGUAAUUAUAACGCGCGCCCAGAGAGUGAGUGCAUGGCAUUGCCGUUGGCAUAUGGCCUCCCAUCAUCUCAUCAACUGUCGCUGCCUCAACCGCACGAAGAGAAGAACAAUCAUAAUAUAAUCGUGUGUAUAUAUAUAUAUAUAUAUAUAUAUAUCAGCUACAGCACUAAUUACAGCCAGGUGCAGAAGAAAUUACAGACCCAUUCCCAGGACCAGGACACGCCCAUCGCGCCAAUUUACUCCCUUUCAAGUUUCAACACAGUUGCGCGAGAGGGCAGGCUAACGUUUUAUCAACUACUAUAUUUUGCCAAUUCAUUACAGAAUUUGCAUGUAACUUGUUGGGCAUGUGACUCGGACCUAGACGCGCCAGAGGAACGCACCAACGCUACCCCAAAUGCCGCCAAACCCUGCGGGACGCGACGCGACCGAAGACUCCCAGCGCGAAGAUCCCAGAGCGGUUCAGCGCGAAGCCCUUGAGCGCGACGCUGUGAAGGCAGACUAGCGCGAAGAUCUCGAACGCGACACAGGCUACGCGCACGCGGAAGGAUCAAGGCGUUAACCAGACCAAAGAGCCGCAGAAAGCGUCGUCUCGCUUCCCGAGGAGUAGUCACAUCAGAACCCUAAGCACAGUCAUAGGUAGGCCUCUGACAUGUCCUAGGUAUAAGCAUGGUCUAAAUCCCUGACAUGUCAGUGAUCAUGUCAUUGUCCUCACAUGUAACUCAACCACUCACCCACCACCAUGUAGCCUAUAAAGAGGGCAUUUACUCCGGUGGGUGAGGGGAUCGGAUUGUUCGGACUCUAUCUCUAAAAUCAUCGACUUCUCUCCCUAAGAUAUUUCUCUCUCAAUUCUCUUUGUAAUCCCCUCAUUGCUUACUCUCCUUGACCCAUUUUCCCGAGUCUCCCUCCUAGGCCCAGUUAGGCUCAAACAUAACUUUACAUGAUUUUGAGAGUUACUCGCUAUGCAUGGUUCUUUUCCUUGAUUUAAUUUGCGCAGAAUCAAUGGUGGCUAACAGAUGUUACAAUUUUUCCCUAGUGGGUUUAGGAUUGGGUUUGUUCAGGGUAGUACUGAAGACCAUGGUAAAGGAAACCGGAUCGUACCGGCCGGUUGAACCGGUAAAACCGGAAAUCGGAGUCUGGCCGAUACGACAAGCGGUUUGUGGUGAAGAAGUCGUCCCGGCCGGUUUUACCGGUAAAACCGGUUCAACUCAGAAAGCCGCCCGGUUUUGGUCUGACCGGGGGUCAGCUAACUGGAACGACACGGCGUCGUUUUGUGGUAAAGGGAAAAAAAAAAUCGGCCGAAGCCUCAAAAGCAAAACCCUAAAUCUUCUCGGCGCUUCGUCCUCCUUCGUUUGCUGCUGCUGGCGACCUCCCACUUCAUUUCGAGCGACGACCAGCCCGGCGAUCCUCCCUCCUCUUCCCGACCGGCGUAUUCUUCUCGAGCGGCGACCCAGGGCCCGGCGAUCCUCCCUCUUCUCGACCGGCGAGGCGGCGACCGGCACGCGACUCCCUCCCCUGCUCAAGGCUGCUCCGCCUCUGUUCCAGGCUGUUCCGCCUCUGUUCCGCCACUACUCCGCCGCUGCUCUGGCACGCGUCUCCGGCACCGGCACGCGACUCCCCCCUUGCUCAAGAAGACACGGCGGCAGCAGGUAUGGUUGGACGGCGAACAUCUUCCCCCAUCUUUGAAUGAAUCGCAAAAUUGGAAUGAAUAUAGGCCAAAGAAGAGACGGAGCAGAACAAUGGAGACUGAAGGGAAUUAAGAGGGUUUCUUUUGUGUUUGCAUGGUGUGAUUGUGAAGUUGUGUUUCAAUUGAUUGGAUGUUUCAAUUUAGCAAGUUGAUCGGUUGUGGUUGUAUGUACUGACUAUGCUGGUUUUGGCAACUUGCUGAAUGCAAUCCUAGAUCCAAUCUUGAUAUUCCUUUGCAAUUUUGGCAUAGGGGGGACUGCAGUUGCUACUGUGAUAACUGGUAGCCCAUAAAUAACAGUUUUGUGCAGCUAUUAGUCCAAUCUUGACAUUCCUUUGCAAUCUAUUCUGAUUGUAUUUCUGGUUCUCUACAGACUCAGAUAAACAACAGUUCACGGUGAAGCAUGUGCAGCUAUGGAAGGUAGCAUAUCAUAUCACAUCACCUAAAUGGACUCACAACUACUAUCUUGCGGCCAUCUCUGUCCAUUAUGCCAAGUAAUUCAGCUUACCUCUUUGUUGUUAUUUUCGCUACUACAGUCUACAUGGAUGAACAACUUGCUGUAAUUCUCUAUUGCUACCUCCUCGUUACUUCUUUUUAAGAGGGUUCUUUGCUAAAUUUUUGUGUAGGCACAAAAUAUGAAAUACUGCAAGCUAACUCCAUCUCCUGAAAUAGUGUUUAGCCAAUAAUAGAGAAAGGAAUUCACAGCAGCAGGUAAGCAUUUUGUUUAAUGGUUUCACCUUUGGGUUUUCUUUUUCAUUUCUCCCUCUCUGCUUUGCCCACCCUUCCGAUAGUUCUCUCUAGAAGGCCAGCUUCAACUGGUGAAGUGCAUUACAUCAGAUGCACAUCUAAAAGGAAGUCUAGCCUUUGUCUCACUUGUUUUAUUUGAUCAUAUUGAAGUUUGAUCACAAGCAAAUUAGUAGUCGAACUUGUAGAUUUUGAAGAAACCAGUCACUGAAAUAGAUGUGUGAAAUAAGGAUUAUAAGUUUUUUUGUUUCAAUGUCCUUUUUUUGUUUCAAAUUAGUCACUGAAGUAGAUGGUUUAAGAAUGUUGUUUGGUUGUUUUGUACUCGAUCCUAAACAUGCAUUUGAACGAUUAUGUAGUUAAUUCAGUAAUGUUGCAGUUUGUUGAAUUUUAUAUUAAAUAUGCUUAUUUAGUUUAUUCAGGUUUGUUAUCCGGUAUAUUCCGGUUAUAUUCCGGUAUUAUUCCGAAACGGUAUCCCGAAUCUGCCGGUACGGUUUUUUAACAAAAAAAUAUUAUUUAAUUACAAAAACGGUAUUUUGCCGGUACACAACGAUUGAACCACGGUAGUACCACAAAAUACCCUACCACUGGCAGAGCCGGUAUGACUUCCGGUACGGUUUCCUUUACCAUGCUGAAGACUGGAGUUGGAAGAGGGAUGGUUUCCUUUAAUGAAUAGGAAAUUAAUCA